AUGUCUGUUGACAUUGGAUGGGACACCAUCACGUCAGGGCUCGAGGGAGCUGCUUUGGCCGAGAAGAUUCGAGCGUUUGUGGACGAGAAGUUCCAACAAGUCGCUCUGCCUCGCUUCAUUUCGGCAGUCCACGUCCAUUCCUUCGAUUUUGGCUCUGCCUGUCCGGAGAUCGAGAUCAAGGACAUUUGCGACCCCCUGCCGGAUUUCUAUGAUGACGAAGAAGAGGUAGAAGAAGACGAAGAAGACGAAAAAGACGUGGACAAGACUGAUAGUCAUGGACCUACUACCACAUCUGUCGACCAUCCUGUCACAACAUCCUACGAUAGCCCUACUAUAGACGCGGUCGUUUCGUCACGACCGCUCAUCAGGCCACAUCUGGCGAAUAUCCUCGUUGGUCGAGACCCUGUUGAGCUUCGACACCAUGCGGCUGCAAGGGAUCUUGUGGGUGGAAGCGCCGACCCUUCUGCGACCCCGUUCCCCCGAUGCACCACCCCAGGUAUUCCUGGAGGGACUUCUAACCUAAGCUACUUUCACUUUCCCGCCACGGGGCUGUCGGGAACGCACACUCCACUAGCUGCAGUGGCUAGUGGCACACAGUUCAGUCCUCGGCCAUGGGCGUAUGACACGGGUUCGACGCCUUUCCCGCCGCAGGAGACUCAACGGGCAUCACCCGCGAACAAAAGUACCGGACGCGACCUUGCUGUGCAGGAUGAUCCUUCUACGCGACCAUCCACUGCGAACAGCAUCUCGUCCCCGCGUGAGUCAGUGUCUGGCUUCUCAUCACCUCGGUUACAACACAGUGCGCAUGAUAAGGACAAGGAUGAAUCUGCAGUUGAGGAUGACCGUUCACGUUCACUAUCCCCAUCAAAACUUCAAGGCAGGCAGCCAACAGACCUCCAAGUGGUGGCAAGGGUCAAAUAUUCCGGGGAUGUGCGCAUGACGCUAACCGCGGAGAUUUUGCUCGACUAUCCCAUGCCUAGCUUUGUGGGUAUCCCGGUCAAGUUGGCCAUCACCGGAAUGUCAUUUGACGGCGUCGCCGUGGUAGCAUGGGUGCAGAGGAAGAUGCACUUUUGCUUUCUUGAUGCCGGGGAUGCUACUGCUCUGGUCGGAGAGAGCUUGGGAACCGAUCAACAUGACCCAAAAAGUGGCAAGGAUGGUCCACGAAGCUCUUUCUCCGGCCCGCUCCGGGAGAUCCAAGUGGAAAGUGAAAUUGGCCGACAAGAAGACGGCAAACAAGCACUAAAGAAUGUUGGCAAGGUUGAAAAGUUCGUGCUUGAGCAGGUUCGCAAGAUCUUCGAGGAGGAGUUUGUCUUUCCCAGCUAUUGGACCUUUUUGGUCUGA